CGUCUGCGGUUCUUGGGGAAAAAGGAAAGCUGCACCCUCCCUCGGGGUCCAGUGGCUGAGGUGUCAAGUGCUUCUGAAGACGCACUCACUCUCCUUUGUUUUGGUGGCGCUUCUGGAUUCCAAGCAUCCUUUGGCCACUGCUUGCAAAGCUCAGGUGUUAGUGUCUCCAGUUGUCCCUCCCACUUCACCCGCCUCCGCCUGCCUGGCGUCUCUGGGCCCAGCGCCGCAGAUCUCUCAGAGCUGGAGCUGCGGACCAGGCAGGAGCCCAGCAGCAGAAGGCGGCACCCAAGAGUCUGGCGACAUUUGCCCCUCUGGCUGGACACUCUGCAGGUCGUGCUUCUCACUAGCAAAGUUUCUUAGUGGAAAAGAAGCCCCUUUACUUUUUUCUUGAUCCUGUAGCGUGGCGCCCUCUCUCUGAAGGCUGCUUUCGGGAACUUGGCUGUGGCAUUGCUUCAAUGCUGGGUCUGGCUGAUUUAGGCGGCGAAGUUUGAGGGGAUCCGAGUAGCAACCCGGAGCCUCCCCACCCCCCGCCGCCCCCUCCGGCUCAGCGCCUGUCCGUUUGGGCGAGCUAAUAACUACAGCCUAACAUUACCGAAGUGGAACCAAGAAUCCACGUGGGCACAGCAAAGUAUGCGCCCCCUCUUUUGCUCUGGCUCUGUCAGUUGGUUCUCCAGUGAUUUGACAGGACCUAGCCCUCAGGACUUGUAGCCAGGAAGUGCUGAGUGUCAGCAUCUAGAUAGAGUGGCUACCCUAUAGCCUGGUCUUUGAAAAGGAAAGACACCACGGACACAGCUGUUCCUGUGGCUCUUCACGCGCCAGGAAUUGGAGUCCAGGCCGGAUGCUUGUUUUUGCCUUAUUCAGGUUUCACAGCACUUGUGCUGAAUGCAGUCCUGGGUUAAUCCAGAGUUUGCUACUGGGCUACUGACCCUGACUCCGACAAUAUCACUAGAGAAUACAAGUUUGCAGCUCCAUCCGUCUUCAUUCUGGAAUCGGACUUGGCAUCUCUUCACGAACACUUGGACUACAGUAGCUACGGGAUUCUUGUCAGGGGCGAGGGUGGGGAGGAGUGGUGCACUGACGUACCUCAACAAUGGACCGAGUUUAUGAAAUUCCCGAGGAGCCAAAUGUGAAUCCCAUUUCAUCUCUGGGGGAAGAUGUCAUCCGUGGGUCCAACCCCCGAUUUACCUUCCCAUUCAGCAUCCUCUUUUCCACCUUUUUGUACUGUGGGGAGGCUAUAUCUGCUUUGUACAUGGUUAGAAUCUACCGCAAGAAUAGUGAAACCUACUGGAUGACAUACACUCUUUCCUUCUUUAUGUUUUCAUCUAUUAUGAUCCAGUUGACCCUCAUUUUUGUUCACAGAGAUCUGGCCAAAGACAAGCCUCUGUCAUUAUUUAUGCAUCUAAUCCUCUUGGGACCUGUUAUCAGAUGUUUGGAGGCCAUGAUUAAGUACCUUACACUGUGGAAGAAAGAGGGGCAAGAGGAGCCCUAUGUGAGCCUCACCCGAAAGAAGAUGCUAAUAAAUGGCGAGGAGGUGCUGAUAGAAUGGGAGGUGGGCCACUCCAUCCGGACGUUGGCUAUGCACCGCAAUGCCUACAAACGUAUGUCACAGAUCCAAGCCUUCCUGGGCUCUGUGCCCCAGUUGACCUAUCAGCUCUAUGUGACCCUGAUCUCUGCAGAGGUUCCCCUGGGUAGAGCUGUGUUAAUGAUCUUUUCCCUGAUAUCUGUGACCUAUGGAGCUACCCUCUGCAAUAUGUUGGCUAUCCAGAUCAAGUAUGAUGAAUACAAGAUUCGUCUUGGGCCACUAGAAGUCCUCUGCAUCACCAUCUGGCGGACAUUGGAGAUAACUUCCCGCCUCAUGAUUCUGGUGCUAUUCUCAGCCACCUUGAAACUGAAGGCUGUUCCCUUCUUAUUGGUCAACUUUCUGAUCAUCCUCUUUGAGCCUUGGGUUAAGUUCUGGAGGAGUGGUGCCCAGAUGCCUAAUAACAUUGAGAAAAAUUUCAGCCGUUUUGGCACCCUGGUAGUACUCAUUUCUAUAACUGUCCUCUAUGCUGGUAUCAACUUCUCUUGCUGGUCAGCCUUGCAGUUGAAGUUGGCAGACAGGGACCUUGUUGACAAAGGUCAGAACUGGGGACAUAUGGGCCUGCACUAUUGUGUGAGACUGAUAGAGAAUGUGAUCAUGGUCUUGGUUUUUAACUUCUUUGGAGUUAAAGUGUUACUGAAUUACUGUCAUUCAUUGAUUGCCUUGCAACUGAUUAUUGCUUAUCUGAUUUCUAUUGGCUUCAUGCUCCUUUUCUUCCAGUACUUGCAUCCAUUGCGCUCACUUUUUACCCACAAUGUAGUGGAUUACCUCCACUGUGUCUGCUGCCACCGACACCCUCAAAACAGGAUUGAGAAUUCACAGCCAUCAAUAGAAACUGAAGCAAGACAAAACAUUGUCUGAUUCUAUAUUCUGGGUAUUUGAAGAUGUGUUGAGGGUUGCCAAAAGUAACUGUGAAAUUAAAGAAGAAGAGGAAGCUCAUGGAUGAGAAUACAUCAGAGAUGUUUUCUGGUAAGCUUGUCAGAAGAAAGAGCAACACCCAAAUAUGUUUUUUUUUCAUUUGAUCAAUAUUUGUUGCUACAUUUGGACACCAGAGUAGGUGCCAUAUACUCAGAAGGGUCAUAAAUACCAUCUCCCACCUAAGUCAGUUGUCUGCUUUGCAGGACAACUUACCUCCACAUUCUUUAGGCUUUCUGUGACCUUCUAACCUUAUUUAUUUGCUAGAGAUAUUACUGAGGUUUUCUAGGACUGAGCUGAAAGUUCAGAAUUCCACCAGAAUAUAUCCUGAUAUGAAAGCAAAGAAUGUGGCAGUUUGUUAACUAAAUCAGUGUGACUUAUGAGGAACCUGUAAGUAUAAAUGUGGCUGGAGUCCUUUAAUUCUAGUGAGAAACAGAUUAAGAAGGAAAAAUACUGCUAUUAAAAGAGCUGCUCUCUAAAUAAACAUAUUCUUCAUUGGGAUUUUGCUAGUGAUCAUUCAUUAAGGACCUCUCUUUUCAGUGACCAUUCAUAGGCACACUCUGAGGAGAAACAGAGUGCAAGAUUCCUUUAGAACAUAAGCCAGAAAGAUUCUCUUUUUCAGGCACCUAUGUGGGCCUCCAGAUAGUUCAGUGGAGCGGUUAAAUAAAAUAUCUCACCUGUGCCUCAUUAUCAGGGAUUCUCUCCAAUCCAGCUUUUGGCGUUUUACUAUUUUAUGUGGACCUCAGAGAAGCUGAACUGUAAUUGAUAGUGUUUGUAACCUAUGAAAGAAAUAAAAAGUUGCUUGUACCACCUA